CGGGCUCUCACUCGCUCGCUCACUCGGGAGAGAGACAGAGAGUACGAUUACGAGGAAGUGAAUAAUACCUCUGAACCAAACUUUGGUUUGCAAGUUUUGCUAGUUCUGUUAAGGCAGUAACAAGUGAUUGCUGGAAUGGAGCAGUUCGGUUGGGGAAGGGAGGAGGGAGGGUGGAGGAAAGGGCCUUGGACGGCGCUGGAAGACAAGCUGCUGCUCGAGUACGUGAGGCAGCAGGGGGAAGGGAGAUGGAACUCUGUCGCCAAGCUCACCGGUCUGAAGAGAAGCGGAAAGAGCUGCAGGCUUCGGUGGGUGAACUACCUGAGACCUGACCUCAAGAAAGGCAAGAUCACGCCGCAGGAGGAGAGCGUCAUACUGGAGCUGCACGCCUUGUGGGGAAACAGAUGGUCGACGAUCGCGCGUAGCCUCCCCGGUCGGACGGAUAACGAGAUCAAGAACUACUGGCGGACGCACUUCAAGAAGGCCAAGGCGUCGUCCAAGAACAUCGAGCGCGCCAGGGCGCGGUUCCUGAAGCAGCGGCGCGAGAUCAUGCGCGCCGGAGGGCACCACGAGCACCUACAGCGCGACGACGUCCAGGACGACGACGGUGCCGCUAGCCCGGACAACACCACCAGCGGCCCCGGUCCCGCGAGCCAUGCUGGUGAAGCGACAUGGCCAGCGCCGCUGACGCGGGACGACGACGACGACCUGGUAACGAUGGGAGGCAUGCCGGACGACGUGGACGAGUUCCUGCGGUACCAGCCCAUGCCGGCCUACUUCCUCGACGGCGGCGCCGCCAGCGUCUCGGGGAGCGACGAGGGGUCCAGCGGGGAGAUCGACGGCGCCUGCGCCACUUGGGGUAGCCUGUGGAACCUCGACGACGUCGCUGACGUCGAUGGCGGCGGCGGUGCGUGCUGCUUGUGGGACAGCUUCCCUUUGCCGCAGGAUCAAGGACUCGCUUUCUACUGAGCUCAUAUACAAUGGCAAAAGCCUACUUGUGUGGAGGGUACACGUAGCGGCUCUGUGUUGUGUUGGUGGAUAAGGAUGCCUCGCCAACUAUAGCCCCACUUCAAGUAGCCUGCCUACUAGCUCGAUGGCACGUUUGGCUACUUUUACAACACCUUUUUCUAGGGAAAGAAAAUUAAUAACCUAGUUUUUGUAGUUUUCUUUGGGAAAGAUAGGCAAGGGAGAAGAAAACACAGGUGAAGGUAUACCUGAGCUAGCUCAUCUUCUUAUACGGUCA